ACUGUGGAAGAAUUCUUCGUUGCAAUACCGCGUAAAGGAAGUUUCUGAGGAGACCAGAGGAAAAGGAUUUGGAAGCAGAAUCCUUCUUCAAGCCGCCAUUGAAGUCAGGCAUUUCAUCGACAGCCAAGACCAUUGAUCGGAUCGUCUUUAUUGAGAUUUUGAUAUAUUCGUUUCCACCGUUUCAGUUCAGAUUUUCUUUGUUCAAUCCGAUCGGCCGCGAUGAGUUUAUUCUUUGGCAAGCGGAAAACUUCGGCAGAACUCCUCCGGGAAAAUAAGAGGAUGCUGGACAAAUCGAUCAGAGAAAUUGAAAGGGAGAGACAAGGUCUUCAAACACAAGAGAAGAAAUUAAUUGCAGAGAUUAAGAAAAGUGCCAAGCAAGGGCAAAUGGGAGCUGUUAAAGUGAUGGCAAAAGAUCUCGUUAGGACCAGGCACCAGAUUGAAAAAUUCUACAAGCUCAAAUCACAACUUCAGGGCGUAUCCCUUAGAAUUCAGACUUUGAAGUCGACUCAAGCAAUGGGAGAAGCGAUGAAAGGUGUGACAAAGGCAAUGGGACAAAUGAAUCGGCAGAUGAACCUGCCAUCCCUGCAGAAGAUUAUGCAAGAAUUUAUGAAACAGAAUGAAAAAAUGGAACUGAUGACUGAAGUGAUGGAAGAUGCAAUCGAUGACGCUUUGGAAGGGGAUGAGGAAGAGGAAGAGACCGAAGAAUUGGUCAGCCAAGUUCUUGAUGAGAUAGGAAUUAACAUGAACCAAGAGCUCGUGAACGCACCAUUGACUGCUGUUGCUGCACCCGCGACGAAGACAAAGGUUGCACAAGCAGAAGCAACAGGCAACGACGACGGUGGAAUAGACAACGAUCUUCAAGCCCGACUCGACAAUUUAAGGAGAAUGUAAAUGUAAGAUCUUCAUUUCUUGUGUUCCUUUCCAACCUGACCUUAUUAGGGACCAUUUAUUCCACUGCCAUGAUUUUCUGACCUUGUUUUGGCUAUUAUGAAAGACAUAGGAAUUUAAGCUUUUUUUACAGUUACCAUGAGAUCCUUAUGUACCAUCUUCAAAUAUAGCUUACGAAUGUCUUACAUAUUGUGUAUAUAUAUACAUAUAUUGGUUUC